AUGUCUCAACUUAAUACCACCAACAACAAUGCACAGCAAGUAUCUUACAGCACAAAGAACAGUCGCGCAGGCAUCCUAGACGCUGAGCGCACCACUGCCGACGUUUCCGGUCCCACCGACAGCCAUGUCUUGUCCAAAGUAGACCAGGAUGAAAAGGGUCUCGCCCAGAGGGCUGGGGAUACCGACACUAUCACCGACGUGGGAUGGGACAAACCGCCGGAACAAAUCCACGAGCGCGUGGUCUCAGGUUUGUCGAAUGAGGAUUUAUGGAUGCUCAUCCGACGAUUCAACAAGCAAAUCUACUAUGUCAAAGCAAUGCCGGAGGCUCCCCUCCAGCGGCUCGACCUGAAUCGCGCGGAAGACGAGCAGUUCUCCCCGGACAAACUGCGAGCAACCCUCGAGCGGUUCUAUACUAGUAUUGUCGUGUCCUUGACUGGCUUCGUCAAGCAUAUUGCAAGACUGCGUUCAUGGCGGGAGCGCAAUCGGACGGCAGGAUUCUGCAUUGUCUACUUCGCUGCCUGGAUGCUUGACCUCCUUGCACCUACACUUUUCGCCGUUCUUCUGGUCCUGGUUGUUUCUCCUCAAUCUCGCGAAUUCCUGUUCCCUCCUGCGCCUAUUCCGUUGGUAAGCACGGACACAGGGGGUAUACAGAAACCUAAGGCAGGGGUUUUAGGUUCUCACGACAGUAUAACGGGGGCACCGGAGAAGAUGAAGGGUGAAGCUGCCGAAAGAGAGGCAUCGAAUCUCAUCACCAGUGUUGCCAGUGUCGCCGUGGGUAGCGUCGCCGGCAAACAUGACCAGGGAACUCCCGAAGAUGCGCCUAUCGAGUCAUCGGUGCCAGAUGCCAUGGAGAUAGCUACCAGUGCAGCGGAUGCGCAGACUGCCGCUCACGGAGAGAGCACGGAUGAAUCUCACGAUAAAACCAAGGAGCCCAUGAGGGAUACAGUCUACAACGCUGCAAACCUAGCCAUGCGCAUCCUUGCCGACAUCAUUGACACCUACGAGAGGUUUGGCAAUGCUCUGUCUCCGACACCUCCCUUCUCCAUGAUCACUCCAUACUUCCGGUUGGCGAGCGUGCUAUCAGUAGGCUUCCUCGCGUCCCUUAUCAUCUCCAGCCACAUGUUCGUCAAGAUGAGUACCUUUGGCGUGGGCUUUGCAUUCUUCGGUGACCCAAUCAUCAGACGUGGAGUGGCAUACCUGAAUCGUGAAUUCCCCCGCUGGGAGAAACUCCUCGAGCUACAGAACUCCCUCCUCAAGGGCAUCCCCACCAACGCCCAACUCACACUAACCCUCCUCCGUAUCGGCGAAGCCAAUGGCGCCCCUCUGCCCCCUCCCCCAUCCCACUCCCUGCACGCCACUCCCGAUCAACCCGCUCACGUCCGCAACGAGGACAUCAACCUCGACGCGACAGACGAAGAGAUCAACGCGGCCAUCGCCCCGACGCCGCAACCGCAAACUGACUCGACGCAGCACGAGAUCCACCCGCAGCCUCCCAAGAAAGGAUUCGCGAGCCGGAUGCUCGGCUUCUUCCGGGGCACGACAGCGACCGGCAUUGAGAGCAAGCUGGCGGUGGACCGGGCUAAAGCGGCUGUGGGCUCGAAGCGGGCCAAGGGCCGCGUCGGUGUGCUCCGCAAGAAGGGCCAGAUCACCCUACCCUCGGGCCCUGUGCAGUUCGACGGCCGCUACCGCGGAAAGCACGGCGUGCUCGUUAUCGACCAGUCGCAGUCCCCGCCGCUGCUGUACUUCACCACCGACCAGUCGGUGCAAGUCGACGACCCCACCUUGGCGCGCCGCUCCAAGAGCUCCGUUCUCUUCACCAUGCCCGUCUCCGACAUCCGCGAGAUGCGCAAGGUGGGUGGGCUGGGCUGGAAGGGCAAGCUGGUGACCGGUUGGGCGGUUGGCAGCAAGGAAGUGGUGGACGGCCUCAAUCUGAUCGGCAAGCUUCCGGAGCAGAACUAUCAGCUCACGGCCAUGAAGACCCGCAAUCAGCUGUUCAAUCGGCUCGUGGCUAUUGAUGGACAGGUCUGGGCGAGCUACUAA